AUGAUUUGUCAUCUGCAGAGGCGCAUGUGGAGGACGACGUUUUUCAGGUAUUUUUCACCACCGCGGUUGCGGUGGGUGCGCAUCGUUGCUACCACCUUUGGCUGUGCAUUAUUUCUUGUUACUGUCAGUGGCUUCAUUCCACGCUUGCAUGCCCCGCUGUUUGAAAAGGUCAAAGCUGUUACGGAUGAUGUACCGGUACGAUUACAAAAGCCGAUUUCUUCGGUCCACUUGCUGCCGGAUUUGCUGGCUCAGCUCCCUCACAUCAGGAGUGUCUUUAAACGCAUGUACACAAUUCGUACCGAUUGUGCGCGUUUGUCAAUCCUGCCUGAAUUUCGCGCGAAAGCUGAAGAAAUGUUUUCUGCCUACGGUGGUCCACGCGAGCAUCUGCUGCGGGCUAUUGAAAAUCAGAAGGUGGUGGAGGUGCACAAUUUGGUUACCGGCGAAACAGCCCUUUUUAACAAUAUCCGCAGAUUUAGACCCGGCAGUGGCAGCGAUGGUAGCAAUGCGACGGAAAGGAGUGCAGUGGCUAAACUUUACACAGAAGGUAGUGGAGCUGAUUUGUGUGACUUCUGCAACAAGCAACGAACAGCUCAGGACAUAUUUGGUCGCAUAACCGGAACGCAUUCGUACACGGCAUCGAAUGUCGCCAAGCUUAGUAAGUGGCACAGUCUUGUUAUCACCAACUUGCAUGAUCCAUUGGCCUUGGAUGCGGAUAUCAUUGCAGACGUCGUUGCUGUGUCGCAUCGAUGGUUUAAAAGGGCUCACCGCGAGGAUCCCUUGUAUGUAUAUCCGAACAUUAUUUGCGAUGUGGGCAAAAGAGCGUCUGCAUCCCAAGUCCAUUUUCAUGCCCAGAUGGUUUUAACGAGGGAUCGCUAUUUUGCUGGCAUUGACCUUCUUCAGCGUGUAGCAAUGCAAUACUUGGAGAAACAUGGAACUAGUUACUGGGAUGAACUUGUUCGUUUACAUCAAAUGCUUGGUCUUGCGGUUCGUGUUGGCAACUCUGCUGUGUUCUCCAAUGUGUGUCCCCGCAAGGAGAGGGAACUGUUUGUUCUCAGCAAGGAUCCUGAAGAUCCCUCCUUUGCCCGCGCGGUUGCUCUUGCGCUGAUGACCCUCCGUGAUGCUGUUGGUGUGCACAGCUUUAGCUUUGUUCUUUCUUACCCACCUCUGGAUGCGUCGAAUAACUACAAUCUAGGGAAGAUGCCCGCUAUUCUUCGCGUGAUUGACCGCGGUAGUGCAUUGGACCCGCGCAGUGACACAGGGGCAUUAGAAUAUUUUGGAAGCACAUACAUUGCUGCAGACCCCUACGCUAUUAUCCCCCACUUGACUGCAGCAGUUGACCGUUUCAAUGCAAAUCUGGAGUUAAACCGCACGGUAUGA